AUGGGCUAUAGCUAUAGCGAGCUGGGCUAUAGCUGUAGUGAGCUCUCGUCCCUUCUUCUUCACCUGGACGCUGGGGAGAUGUUUGAGGUGGCAGGUGGCUGUCUCCAAGUGCCCACUUCAUUUCAUGCAAUCCCACGCUCUCCCUCACCACCCUUGACUCCUCUCCCCCCACAUCCUCCUCGUCCUCGGCAUCAUCAGGUGGUGGAUGAUGGCGAGAUGUUUCAAGUGCAGGGCGGCUUUGCGCGCAACAUCCUCAUUGGAUUCGCGAGGCUGGACGGGGGAACGGUGGGAGUGGUGGCGAAUCAGCCCAAGGAGCAGGCUGGCUGCCUCGAUAUCAACGCCUCCAUUAAGGGAGCUCGCUUCGUGCGCUUCUGCGAUGCGUUCAACAUCCCCAUCCUCACAUUCGUCGACGUCCCAGGCUUUCUCCCAGGCACGGAGCAGGAGCACAAUGGCAUCAUCAGGCAGGGGGCGAAGCUGCUGUACACGUAUGCGGAGGCCACGGUGCCCAAGCUCACUGUCAUCACUCGCAAGGCGUAUGGCGGGGCAUACGACGUGAUGAGCUCCAAGCACCUAAGGGGCGACGCCAACUACGCGUGGCCAUCUGCAGAGAUUAAAGUGAUGGGAGCCAAGGUGAGAUGCCUGUCAGACUUCACAUGUGUGUGCGGGUGCUUCGCCUGUCCUGGCCUGGCCACUUAG